AUGGCGUCUACCAUAAGAUUGCCCGCGGGCACAUCCGCUCGGAUUGUCCCAUCUGGUUCCUUUGUACAAUGUCGGGCCUUCUCCGAGACCUCCCAACAAUGGCGUGGGAGACAAAUGAACUUCCGUCCUCCAAGCCAAGUGCAGCCCGCCUUCAAAACCAGAACCCAGGGCAUGAGAAUAGCCGAUCUGCCAAAUGAUAUCGGCAUAUUACCAGGUACCUUUGUCCGACCGUUGUGGAGGGACAUGCCUUCGAUUUUCAAGGCACCGCGUGAUAGGUGGCAUAUGGAAUGGACAUGGCUCAAGGCCUGGCUGAGCAACCAUGCCAGUCUGCUCCAAUACUGCAAGCGCGAAAAUACCCUUCCUCUUCUCCUAGGCAAGCGGCGCCAUUUCGCCGCAAAGCUUCAUAAUGAUGCGUUUACAGCAUUUGCCGAAGGCAACAUCCCUAAAAUCCGCCAGAUCUGCUGCGACAAUCUCGCCAAGAACCUCAGCACAGCUAUCGAACGCCGCCCAAAGAAUGAGCAUUUAACCUGGAAACUGGUGAAAUACCUGCGUAAGCCCAGCACAAACUUCACGGGUCUCCGCGUCAUCUCAGAUCGCGCAACAUCCAUCCCCGAUAUCCCGAAAUCCGGCAUUCGUCAGAUUGUUGUGCGCAUCACGAGCCGACAGGCUACGACUCGGACCCAGAAAUCCAGCGGGAAGGGACCUACAGAAGAUGUCACCGUCGACAAGAAGGAGCAGGACUGUACCGAGCACGUUGUCAUUCAGCAUCUCCGCUGGAACAACCAGGAUAAGGGCUGGAGAGUCUGGGGCAACAUCACCCCCACCACAUUGCAUGAUGCUUGGACUAAUCCCUACUUCAUGCCUGGGUUGUCGGCCCUCGAGCGUCUGGACAUGAUCAAGGACUCGAUGGGCAAGAAAUAA